AUGCAGAAAAGGCAGUGUGCUCGAAAAGCGCAGUCAACAACUGAGAGGGAAUUUACCGAAGCGCUAGACCUCAAUAUUUCUUUUUUUCAAUUUUGUUCCAAGAAAAUGCGUGAAUCUGAACUUAAGAAGAUUUUCUCGUUACUGAGAUUUGUUUCCCGCAUUUCGAUCAGAAAUUUGAUCUGUAUAUUUGUGUGCAUUUCCGGUGUUGGUCAAGCACUCGGCGCAUUCGCUGCGGCGAUGAAAGCUGUCCCGGUGAGUAUGCGCAGUAUGAAAGCGAUCAAUGCGGCCAAAAUGGUCGCAAUAACCUGUUUGCAGUAA